AGGGAGGUCACGUGGGCGGAAGAUGGCGGCCCGGGGCGGGAGCGGGGGCCCCGCCGUGUCAGUCCUGGCCCCGAACGGGAGGCGCCACACGGUGAAGGUGACGCCGGGGACGGUGUUACUGCAGGUCCUCGAAGACACGUGUCAGCGACAGGACUUGGAUCCCGCCGAGUACGGCCUGAAGUUUCAGAGGAGCGUGCUCGACCUCUCGCUGCAGUGGAGGUUUGCCAACCUCCCCAACAAUGCCAAGCUGGAGAUGGUGCCAGUCCCCGGCGGUCGGGAAGGACCGGAAAGCCCGGUCCGGAUCGCCCUGCAGCUGGACGACGGCACCAGGCUGCAAGACGCUUUCCCUUCCGGCCAGACCCUCUGGGAGCUCCUCCGACAUUUUUCACCAACAAGAGAGCGUGUGGAGCAGCUGGGUGAAUCCACUCCUGUCUGUGUUUACAUGAGGACCGAGAUGUCGGGAACGGCAGCCUUGCGGAAGACGACGUUGAAGUCCCUGGGCUUGACCUCAGGCAACGCUAUCAUCAGGUUUACGCUGAAGAAAGGGGAGUCGCCGGAGGCGGGGGAACUCGUGGCUCCCGGGCCCGACCCCCGAGCCGCCGACAGCGCCGCGCCUCCCCGAGGUUCGGCGGGGCCGAGCCGCCCGGGCGAAGCAGCCGCCUCGGGGAACCCCCGGCCGGGCGGACUGGCGUCGGACGGCCGGACGCGGCCGGCCCCCGCCCCCUCGAGCCCUUUCUGUGGCGAGGGUCGGCGCCUCGGCGGACCGCCCGGUGCCACGGAGCCUCUGGAGGCCUCCGCCGCCAAGCAGCCCACCGUCCGAUCCAGCCCCGGAGGCCCCUCCGAGCCAAAGAAGUCCAGGCCCGGGCGAGAAGAGCCCCCGGAGGCGGCUCAGGCCGUGGAGCGAGAGGCGGUCGUGUGCCACCCGGAUCUGGAGGAGUCGCCGCGGGCCCCGCCGGCCGAGCCGCCCGACGAAUUCUUCGAGGUCACCGUGGACGACGUGAGGAAGCGCCUGGCCCAGCUCAAGAGUGAGAGGAAGCGCCUGGAGGAAGCCCCCUUGCUGACCAAGUCUUUCCGAGAAGCCCAGGAGAAGAAGAAGCUGGAACGCUACCCCAAGGUGGUGCUGAGAGUCCGGUUUCCCGACCGCUACAUCCUGCAGGGCUUCUUCCGCCCAAACGAAACAGUGGGGGACCUGCGGGACUUUGUGAAGCAGCACCUGGGUAACCCGGACCUGCCCUUCUACCUGUUCGUCGCCCCUCCGAAGACCGUCCUGAACGACGACGCCGAGACCCUCUUCCAGGCCAACCUUUUCCCCGCUGCCCUCGUACACUUCGGGACCCGACAGCCGACAGAUUUCUACCUGGAGGCCCAGCUGCUGGAGGCGUCGGUGGCCCCGUCGUCCGCCGACCUGUUGGCGGCGAGGUCCACGUCCCGGGCCCCGUCGCCGGCCGGGCCCCCGGCCCGGCCCCCAGAGGCGGGCGAGGGGACGUCCGCGGGGCCGCCCGACGCCCCCGAGCCGGCCCCGGGGGCCGCCCCGGCCCCGGGGGCCGCCCCGCCCUCGAGGAGGAACCCGGGCAAAGUGCCCAAGUGGCUGAAGCUGCCGACAGCCGGGAAGAGGUGAGAGCCGGGCGGGAGAGGAACCGCCGACUUCCGUCGGCGGGCCCGGAGCUGGGAAUAAAGGCUCAGCGCUCUCCCCCGCACCCGCCGCUCACGAGCACUUCGAGUCUCCCUCCUACCGUUCGCGCCCCGCGGCCCCCCUCGGGUAGGCGGACCGCGGCGGUGGGGGGAUCCCCCCCCCACGCACCCCUGGCCCCACAGGCCUGGGUCCCGGGAGGGUCUCGCCCCUCACCGCCCCGUCUUGCCCGCUUAAUAAGAGCGCGGGGAUCCCUUCGCGGCGGGGGCGGGCUGCCUUGCUUUCCAUUACCGUUAUUAAUUAGCCUCGUUCAUUAUCCCUCCCCUGAUGAGAACAAAACUCCAAAGAAAAGAGGCUUUCCUGUGAUCUUCUGGGCGCUUCCUUGGCCUGGGACGGGGGGGCAGAGAGGGGCUGACCUCGGUGGGGAGGCCGCCUCCCUUGCCCUCGGAUCCCUGCCCGUCCCGUUCCCGAGGCCGGGGGUGCUGGGGGCAUCUCCGUGCCGGGGUCCGGGGGGCACCUCCCUACCCAAGGCCGGGGGGGCAUCUCCGCGCCCGAUGCCAGGGGUCCGGGGGCACCUCCGUAAAAGCCGAGGGGGGGGGGUGUGCCCCCUACCCCACCAGUCCCCUCGCCGGCCGCCGACCGACAGCGGCGCGGGAACCCCUCCGCCCCCCACCGCCGCCCUCCCCCCUCCCGGGAACAAAAGCCCAGCGGAGAUUUGUACCAUCUGAAUGAACUUCAAAGUGGCAGGC